AUGGCUGCCGCACUAGCAGGACUCUCCGCCUCAGUCACGCGUAUUCUGUAUCUCAGUGGCUUCCCCAAAGAGCUGAAGACGAAGGACAUCCAGAGCGCCUUCUCGGAUUGGGAGGGCGUCAGUGGUGGCUUCAAGAUCAAAUGGCUUGACGAUACCAGCCUAUUGAUUGUCUUCCAGGAUGCACCAACGGCUAAGCGGGCGUAUCUCCAGACGCUUGCAUUCCCACCUCGCAUCCUCACUUCAGCAAACGGGGUCAGCGCCAGUGUAAGGCCAUACGAUGGCGCAGACGCGCAGACGGUUAUCCAAAACGUCAAUUCGCGGAGCCAGCACAAUCCCAACAACGCAUCUCGUCACAAUAACCGUUCAGCUUCCAUCUCCGUGUUCCCUAACCGAGGGACCAUCUCCGCCAACACCGGUUACCGUCCGGGCACCGUGCAGAACGUCAGUGUUCCGGAGUUUCAGACACAGAAUGGACGUGAUCAGCCGUCACCUACGUUGCCCAGCCUUCCGAGUCAUCCGACCCUCAACUCGCUGAUUAGUUCAUCUUUGGGUGAGGCUGUGAAGACGGGAAAUCCUCCAUCAGAUCCAGCUAUUCUUGCGACGAGCUUGAGUCCGGAUAUGAAUGUUGCGGGAGGUCCGAGGAUUGGUAACCCUGGAAAGAGGAUGCUGGGUGCUGCGCUGGGCGUUAGACAUCCAGCUUUGGGCCCGAGGGUUGUGAACGGAGGUGGCGCGGCCAAUGGUAGUACGAAAGGCGGGGUGGACAACGUUAUGCGCGAUGUCAACAGGGCUAUGGGAGGAUUGGUAGUGGCUGACUCUCAGUGGUAUUUUCAAAACAAUUUCCGCAUUUCCGCACGACAGGAGACAGGAACAGCAGGUAUCGCAGAGGUGGAUGAAUUUGGUUUGGGACAAGGACGUGUGAUGGACAAGUGUUUUGAGCUGGGACAGCAACUUGUGAACGGCAUCGGAUUCUGGUGGAAUGGUUCUUCAACUAUAAUUAUGGAUUACGUCAAAAGAUGGUAUCGUUUCUUCCGCGAAUCCGCGCUUUCCAAUAGCAAUAGCAACAGCAAUAGCAUUCAUCGGUUUUCGCCAGGCGUCUCUUGUGCUGUGAGAAUCGGUAAUGUUCCCGGAAUUCAUCAGCGGUUCCCAUUUAAACUUUCUCCCAGCGUACAGCGCACAACGUGGUUGCCUGAUUUCCCAUUGUUCAGCCUUCAACAUUCAACCCUGAUCAGCGCCACUCCCAAGAAGACGCGGAACGUUUUCGAAUGA